AUGGCGACAGCUCAAAACGACAUGACAGACUUCAAAGACAUCAUAGCGGCGAUGAUGAAGCAACAGCACGAAUUGCUGCAAGCAAUGGUGACCAACCAGUACCACUUUGCGAACAACCAACAAAGCCUGGCUAAUGAAACGUUGGCUGAAGCACAUAUCAAAUUAGAACCAAUUCCGGAUACGGAAUUGGCCUGCGACGAAUGGUUCACAAACUUGAUGGCCAAAUACGGGGACACAUCCAGACAGAUGCUACUAAAAAAAAUGCGACAAGCAUAUGCGACCCCUACGAACAUAACAUCUUUAGAGGAUGCCCACCAACAUUAUAUGAACCACAGAUUCAAGAAGUCACGGGCACUUCACCACUGCAUCGAAAAGGUCAUGAAAAUCUCGACCACCAAUUUGAGUGCAGCCCACAAUGACCUCACCAACUUGAUUGCCGUGCUCAAAACUAUAUGCCGGCGAAUGAAUGUGGACUCGGGAUCUCACGUUGACAACGUGAUAUUUCGAUAUUCUGAACGUCUCCCAGCAUGGGCACGCAACCUAUUACUCAUGACCGACGAUGCCGAUAGCUUUGUAGAACAUUUGUCUCUUUUGGCAACAACGCGCCAAGAUCGGCGAGCCGACCAGCGUAUGAAACAACUCCAGAGCGAAUUGGACGAGAAGAUGGCGCAUAUCAACUUUAAUCCUGUUGUUGGCAUGAUGGCAUGUGCUCGUAUCUUCCCGCAUGCGAAGCACGACACCCAAUUCUCUGAACCAAUACUUAUUAAGGAAUUUCAAACAAAUCCGACUGUUGCCAAUAAUUGA